AUCAUGGGUCUCUGUAAAUGGAGGUAGCGCUACAAAUGGAGGUGGAGUUACAAGAACACUAGAAGGGACGGGAGAGGUUAUAUCUCUAAUGAUUGCGUGGAUUCAAAAACCUGAUGAAUGUAGUAUGGGCCUGACCAUUUCGGUUCAAGCUUUACGCUAUGAUUAUAUUGUCAGGAUGCACGCUUGGCAGAUUACUGGUAACGUAUCUACCAGCUCUCGAACUCUUUGGGCCAUAGUUUCUCCAACACUUUCGUUUGAUUGA